AGUUGUGGUUUUUUUUUGUUCUGAAGGACAAUCGAAUGGAAAGUAUGGGGACUUGAUCAAAAAAUCAACGACGUAAUGCUAAUUCAAGAGAUUGGACUAUGGAUAUUCUGUUGUGUGUCAUAGGACUUCUGCUCUGUAUAAUGGAUAUCAAUGGUACAGUAUGUGUAGAAACAUUGCAUUUGUCAAGUCUUGUGAUCGAUGGUACGGAGCUUUCGGAUUACGAAAAGAUGGCGGCGUUUCCGUGUGAUGGACAUUUGAUUGGAUGGCGGACUAUAGGCGCCAAACCUGAAUUUAACAUACACCUGGGAGUAUGGAUCCCAAAUUAUGGUUCUGAAAAACUUCUCACCCUUUUAGACCGUGCAAACCAGGGAAGCGAAGACAACAUGGAACCUGUCAUUAUCGAAAAAGGAGAUUUCAUGGGUCUCGUUUUGUUAAAGAAUGACUCGCUCACUGUGCCUGAUUUGAACAUACUACCCAAAAAAGACAAUAGUAUUGCUAAUUUAAAUUCCAAAUACUCACAUCUUGUAGCUGUUGUCCCUCAGAAUACUACAAGAGGAAGUGUCAUUUCAUUUAAGGACAUAUCCUUCUUACUGAUGCCCUUGAAUUUCACAAUUCGUGUAACGAUGGAUUACAAUGGUACAUAUAAAGCCAAAUGGGAAGCUUCUCGAAAAAAGAGCCACAACAAACGAAAUAAAUGGAGAAGUUGUACUAGUCACAAUCUCCCAAAUUGUGAAACGUGUAGAAAAGUCAAGGGCAAAGUCAUCUGUACAUUUUGCAAAGAUGGAUUCUUCGGACAAACGUGCAAGAGACCUUGUCCCGAGGUUUGUUCUGCCUGCAUUCAGAACAGCGGCAGUUGUGAUCGGUGUGCCACGGGUUACUUCGGGGAGAACUGUAAGGAGGUGUGCCCCGUCAGAUGUAGUCCCUCCCUGGGCUGUAACGCGGACAGCGGCUGUGGGGAAUGCCAGCUAGGGUUUCAGGGAAAGUGGUGCGAGGAGUUCGUCUCUAGAUGUGAAGAAGGGUAUUUUCCUGGAGCUAACUGUAAAAACGAGUGUCCGGAAAAUUGUGUAUCGUGCAAUAUAUCAGAUAGUGAGUGCAUUGUCUGCAAAAAGGAAUCAGAAUGGACACAAUGUAUGAAAGCUGUUGUAGCAAACAAGGACGCAUCAGAGGAGGGAUCUAGUUCCCUGGGGGCCAUUCUGGGCUCUGUCUUUGCCCUCCUCACCCUGGGAAUGGUCGUGUCGGGAGUCGCUUUCUAUCUAAUAAGGCGUCGACGCAGAAAUAUUUCGAAAAAAGCCAAUGCUAACACAGAAACGGUAAAUGGACUUCCCUCGCGGGAAACGUUAGAAGAGAAAGCACGCCAAAGCAACCCUUACAUUAUAAAUUUUUCAACAUCAAGUAAAAACCAAAAUAGACAACUUCCUUUACCCCCAGGCGAAGACGAAGACGGCUAUAUGGAACCUCAUGCUGUAUCAAAACCGGAUGUGACAUCACCUCUUCUUCAGCAAGAACAACGCUCGGAUGCUAAACCAGUCGCCAAGUUACUUGUCAGUCCACCAGAGCCCAGUGUGCCGGAGUCCCACGGAGAAGAUGUUU